AGACACGUUAGAGCGCAGGUCCACGGCAAGCGAAUCCCGCAGAGCUCAGUGUAUGUGCUACAGGAGGGGAGAGAGUGAGAGAGAGAGAGAGAGAGAGAGAGAGAGAGAGAGAGAGAGUAUUGUGAACCACUGCAGAAGCACUAAAUCUAGGGCUGUCACAUAUGCUGAAGGAGAGAGAGAGAGAGGAGCAGUGCAUGCGUUUAUCUAACACCACAGUUAUGGGGACUCACCGCUGCUGUACACCCGCGGGUCAAACUCGAAGCAAAGGACAGAAAAGUCAGUCGCCGUAUUCACUUUAAUCUUUUGUUGGCAGAAGGAGAUUGAAUUUCUGUCUGUUUGCUCUCAGAAGGUGAAGACUUGGAGUGGAUUUUUUCUCCUUGUUUCUUUUCCUUCUCUUCUUUUCAAUCAAUUCAUAGCUGUGCUUUGGGUUCUUCGCUCCUCGCGCUGUCUUGUGCGUCUCUCUUAGAUCCUUGCUUUCCUUCCGAACAUCUUCUCUGCAUGCAUUUCCACUGCUCUGCAGGUGAACACACUCAUGGUGGAUGCCAAGGGAAGGAACAUGAAAUGUUUGACGUUCUUGUUAAUGCUUCCAGAAUCAGUUAAGAGCAAGUCCAAAGGCUCCAAAAAGGGGAGUCCCAGCAGCUCUUCUAAGCUGCCACCGGUUUGCUAUGAGAUCAUCACCUUAAAAACCAAGAAGAAGAAGAAGAUGGCAGCGGAGAUCUUCCCCACCAAGAAGCCGGCAUCGACCACCACCGUUCAGCAGUAUCAGCAGCAGAACUUGAAUAACAACAACACCAUCCAGUGCUGCAAUUGGCAGGGUCUCUACUCCACCAUCAGAGAGAGAAACUCUGUGAUGUUCAACAAUGAACUGAUGGCUGAUGUUCAUUUUGUUGUGGGUCAGUCUGGAGAAACGGAGAGGCUGCCGGGACACAAGUAUGUCCUCGCUGUUGGAAGCUCUGUUUUUCACGCCAUGUUCUACGGUGAGCUAGCAGAAGACAGCGAUGAAAUACGUAUUCCUGAUGUGGAACCUCCAGCCUUUCUGGCCAUGUUAAAGUACAUCUACUGUGACGAAAUUGACUUGAGUGCGGACACUGUGCUGGCAACAUUAUACGCAGCCAAGAAGUACAUAGUACCUCACCUGGCUCGGGCCUGCGUCAACUUUUUGGAAACGAGCCUUAGCGCUAAGAACGCCUGCAUUCUUUUAUCUCAAAGCUGCUUAUUCGAAGAACCAGACCUAACGCAACGCUGCUGGGAAGUUAUCGACGCUCAGGCAGAACUGGCGCUUAAAUCCGAGGGCUUUUGUGACAUUGACGUUCAAACCCUGGAGAGCAUCCUCGGUCGAGAGACUCUAAACGCAAAGGAGAUUGUUGUGUUUGAAGCAGCGUUGAGCUGCGAGGCUGAAUGUCAGAGAAAGGAGUUGAAUUUAACUAUUGACAAUAAACGCAAAGUUCUGGGUCAGGCCGUCUACCUGAUCCGUAUCCCUACCAUGGGUCUCGAUGAUUUCGCUAAUAGUGCCGCCCAGUCCGGAGUUUUAACGCUUAAUGAAACCAAUGACAUUUUCUUAUGGUAUACGGCGGCCAAGAAGCCCGAGCUGCAGUUCGCCAGCCAACCUCGUAAAGGAUUGACGCCGCAGAAGUGCCAUCGCUUUCAGUCUUGCGCCUACCGCAGCAACCAGUGGCGCUACCGUGGACGCUGUGACAGCAUUCAGUUCGCCGUCGAUAAACGGGUGUUUAUCGCCGGUUUCGGCCUCUACGGUUCCAGCUGCGGGUCUGCCGAGUACACGGCCAAGAUCGAGCUGAAACGACAAGGUGUCGUCCUGGGAACCAACCUCAGCAAGUACUUUUCGGAUGGUUCCAGCAACACUUUCCCCGUUUGGUUCGAUUACCCGGUUCAGAUCGAACCUGACACUUUCUACACGGCCAGUGUGGUUCUUGAUGGAAAUGAGUUGAGUUAUUUUGGUCAGGAGGGCAUGACAGAAGUUCAGUGUGGAAAGGUCACCUUUCAGUUUCAGUGCUCUUCAGACAGUACCAAUGGCACGGGUGUGCAGGGCGGACAGAUUCCAGAACUCAUCUUCUAUGCCUAGCAAGAGUAACUUGUCGGUGUGAAAUUGGAAUAGCUUUACAUUGCGUACAAUAUCUUUUUCUAUUACAUUGCAAAAUCUUUCUCCACUGGUCUGAGCUUACCCAAACUGAGACACAACUGAUAUGACAAGACUUCUGUUUUCAGCUCUAACUCUUGUUGAGGUCCUUCUGUAUUUCCUCCAUGUCUUAAUGUGAAUUAAAUAUUUAAUUUAAAAGCUCUAAAUAAGGCUGCACCUGUUUACGAAUGAAAAUCGUAUUUCGAUUGAUGUUUGCCAGGUCUGACUCCAAAUCUAAUAUGCGAAGUGGGCCACAAGACAACAAUUGAGGAGCUCAGGUACAAAGCAUCCAAACGUCACCACGUCAAAAGUGCGAUAAUGAUAUUAACUGAAUGCUCUCGGCACAUAUUAUACGUUUAUCAAAUACUUUCACUUUAAAUCUGCUUAAUCCCAUCCUCAGACCAUUCAAGAGUCUGAUAAAAAAUAUUAGACGCACUUAGAUGGUAUUGUAUCUGAGCUCUUUAAUUGUAGGUUGGGUGGGGCUGGUUGGGCCAAGCGUGUGAGGACCACAUCCACCUUGUCGACUUCUGGAGCUGACCCUUGCAGUUGCCUUUUAUCUUAUUAACAUCAUAAGGACAACAAUUAUGAGCACUGGAUUUGUGUUAUAUGUACAGUAUAUAUAUUUAAAUGUGAAUUAAAUUAUAUGAUAUAUAGAUAUACUAUAUUAUCACUCCAUGGCUAUAUCUGCUGUUUACAAUGACUAUGCCAUGUUAGUGAACGCUUGCACAUGUAUAUUGUAGCAAUAGUGAACAAACUCAUCAUCUGUCAAUAUCAGUCUAAUACCACUAUUACAUUUCAAGGCAAUCAAAAUACUAACACCAAAGUUACAUUCAACAACCCUGAAUCACAGAAACUACCUUGUGAGUAAUAGGCAAUUGCCAAGCACAGACCAUCAUAGACAUUUUACCGAUCUUUAGCUUUAGAAACGUUAGCUUCUUUGCAUCAAUCAUAUUGACGAAAUUGUAACUUUUGAUCAUAAACAUAUUAGUGUGUUUGCACUGGAAAGUCUUUGACCUUGAAAUGGCAUCAUAUGUACAGUGAACUGCCUCAUGUUGUAUUAUAUUAUUUAGAAUGAGGAUAAUAUUUAUCUUAUAAUAAAAUGUUUCUGUUCUCUAAUGAGUUUAAUGAAAUGUGGCAUAUUUGUUUAAAACGUUACAUUCUCUUUCACGUCGGUUUUAUAAAGUGCACAAAAAAAUAAAAUACAUCCUUUAAUUUAGCUGAAAUAACAGGUUAUAUUUUCAUAAGUAUACCGUAUAUCAUUUACACCUCUGUAAGUGUUGUGUUCAUGGAUAAUUAGCAGAAUAAUUAGCUGUCAGCCAACAAACCAUUUUCACGCUACUAAAUGGGAUGUUGUCAACUAACAUUAUAUCACAUAAAGACAAGUUAUCAUGCAUUUCAUUUUGUCUGGUUCAAGCUGUAAUUACCAGCAUUGAAGGUGUUUUUAUGAAACAGUAAUUUUAUUCCCUGCAGACAUAUUAGCGACAAUUAGCAGUGAGCAGAAGAUAAAUAAUUACUACUUAAACUAGUUAAAAAAUGACAAAUUCAUAUUUUUUGUCGAGUUUCACAACAGAAUAUUAAUCAUGUGAAUAAAGUCUGUUAGCUCCGUACUGGCGUAUUAUAGAAACCAUCAAACGAAUUACACCUUUAGCUCCCACUGCAAAUGAUAUGCCUUUAAAAAUAUAUUAAAUACCAACAAAAUCUUAUGGCAAUUCGUACGUAAUUUUCAAGGUGGCCUAUUCGUAUUAAUUCGUAACCACAUUUUGUAUGAUGUAAGGUUUGGUCACACUACACUUUUCUUUCCACUGACUUUAAUUUAUUUGCGUGCAAAUGGAACAGACCGAAAAAACGCAAUUUCGUGCGAAGAUAUUUUUCAAAGUUCAUGUCUGGUGAACUCUGACCUGCGAUUUCGUGUCACAUGGAGAUAUGUCAUGGUGUGACAUUACUCUACUGAAAAUCAAAAAUGAACUUAAAAAAGCACUCCCCGUCCAUAUUCGCAGGAAGCCCAAAAAUAUUCAACCCAAUCUCGUGUUAUAGUCACAAAAUAUUUGAUUAAUUUAUUUGUGUUAUUGACACGAUUUCCCGCUGUUUUUCGUGCUAUUAAGCAUGAAUGUCUUUUUCGUGUCACAAUUUCUAUAAACAGUUUUUCGUGUCUGUGGCACAACUUUCUUUAUCUUGUCAUUUUAUAUUUUGUUUUCUCAUUGUUUUUCUUAUUUUUUAAUCAUUGUCACUUGGGGUUAGAUUUUUAUUUUUUCUAAACCCCCACAAGUUCUAACCUAAUCCCAAUUUUUGAGAUUUUUUAACACCCCACCCAUUUAUGCCCUAAACCCAACUUUAAGGUCUUUUGUUCUCAAACUCCAAAGAACAUUAAUUAUCUUUUCCUUUAUUUAAAUUAA